AUGGCCCUCGCCCGCCCACCCCGCCGCCUCCUCUUCAUCGCCUCGAUCGGCAACCCAAAGCCAUACCGCACCACCCGCCACAGCGCAGGUCACCUACUCCUAGACGCGAUCACGCCCUCGCUUCGCGCGCGCCUAGGCCCCACCACCGCCCCCCUCUACACAACCUUCUACAGCCCGUCGCUGAUGAACAUCUCGGGUCCCAAGUUGGUCAAGCAUAUGCAGAAGUGGCUGUCGAAGUGUGACAGCGCCGCGCUGGACCUCGGCGCGGGACCGCUGCCGCCUGGCGCGGCGGUUGGAUAUCCCGCGACGCUAGUGAUCCUGCACGAUGAGCUAGAGGCGCCGCUGGGAAAGGUACGGGUGAAGCGGGGCGGGCCUGAGAGCGCGAGUUUGCGCGGGCACCGCGGGUUGAUUAGUGUGUUUGAGACGUUGAUAGGGAAGCGCUUGUUUCCUGCGACGCAGAAGAGGCUGAACCUGGGUCCGGGCCAGAAGCGUGCGGCCAGGGGCAGGGACGAGGGGUUGCCACGGGAGUUGGAUAUUCUUAGGGUUGGCGUGGGGAUUGGGCGGCCGGCGGGGAGGGAGAAGAAUGCUGUUGCGGAUUACGUGCUGACGGAGAUGGAGGCGCAUGAGUUGAAUGCUGUUUCACGGGCAGCGGGGCCGGUGGUGGAUGUUUUGGAAGAGGAGAUGAGUCGUGAGUCUGGGUCUGAUGGCGCUUCGUCCCCGUCUCGGUGA